CCUCUCCACCUUAAGGAUCUGUACCAUCGCUUCCCCAGACAGGAGGAGCCCCCCACCAUGACCUGAGGACACCUCCAUCCUCCUGAUCAUCAUCAUGGGAAACCAGGAGGCGAAGCAGAGGAGGGCUGCAGCAUCUGCAGGGAAUGGCAGCUACCCAUCUCUGGAUGAAGGGUGGAGGGAGGGAGGAGGGGAGGUAGCAAAAAAAGGAGGAAAGAAACACCAUGGUAAGCAUGGGGGAGGAGGGGGGGGACACAGCUCGGCACCAACGAAGAAGAAAAACAAAUCAGAGUCCAAGUCAUCAGUUUUCUCUCUCCGGAAGAGGAAGAACAACCUGAGAGGACGAGGAGAUGUGUCUUCAUCAGUGACUGGGUCCAGAGAGGACGGCUUAGAGUCCCAACAUGAUGACGGGACCAAGACCCCCGACCUAUCUGCCGACGAGCUGGACCCAGAGCCUCCCAUCCCUGAGAAAAGACUGGGGAGAGGAGGCAACGAGGAAGGGAAGGAGGCAAAGAAAGAAGCACAGAAGGAAGCAGGAAAGGAUGAAGGACAGAAAGAGGUGCAAAGGAAAUCCUCCACAGCAGCUACGUCCCCCUUGGAGGAGGGGGGGGGACACAGGGGGGGCAGCUCGGGGUCAGAUACAGACAUCUACAGCUUCCACUCCGCUGCCGACCACGAGGACCUGCUUGCCGACAUCCAGCUCGCCAUCAGACUGCAGCACCAGCAGGGAGCGGGGGUCUGGGGGGGAGGGGACGGGGGGAGGAAGCAGACUAAUGGGGAUGUUAAAUUAACUCCCCCUGAGCCGCUGGACCUCACCCCUGAGCUAGAGCUGGGCUCUGACGCCCUGUCGUUCCUGGAGACCCCCCUCCUUCAACACCCCUCACACACAGGACCCCCACCUGUCUCGGGUCUCCCCCUGUCUCUGUGGACCCCCCCCUCACAGCAGAGAAUGGGGGAGGAGGAGCAGGGGGAGGGGGGGAGAGAAGCCCCUCUUUGUGCUGCCUCAGGCACAAAGGACCAGCAUGCUUUGCUGCAGCAGCCCCCUCACACGGUGGUUACCAUGGAUACAGAAGGGGUGGGAGCAGUCAGUGUGGUCUCCAUGACAACCAGCAAUAACAGCCUCCCUGACCUCCUGAUUGAUGAUGUUCAGAGACCCCUUGGGGAGGAUCAAGAUCUGAAGCACCCUCCAGUAGACCACAUGAGUCCGGAUCACACUCGGGGACCAAGCUUUGAGUGUGAUGGAGGUAAAGAAAGGAGGGAUGUUGAUGGGGGGAAUGAAAAUGAGGGGGGUGAAGAUUGGGGCGGCCUGCUGGACUCAGCUACCAGUGCAGAGUCUCUGGAGGAUUAUCUGAGUCCUGGUUCUGACCCUGCUCCCCCCUCACAGAAUGGUAGGGGCAGUGUGUGCUUCUUGGCUCCCCAGGAGAGUCCCCCCCUGGCCAAACGCCUCCUCAGGUCCUCCCAUGCCUCCCCCUCCUCCUCUCCCACAGUGAAACCUUACCCCCCCAUCUUCGCCUCCUACAUUAAGACCACCACCCGCCAGCUCAGCUCCCCUGGUGUCUCUCCCGCCCACAGUCCCCUCUCCCCCCGCAGGGCUCACCAUCACCUGACCAGGACAAUGGGUGGGGCUCAAACGACCAGCAGGAGGCGCUCUCGCAGCCUGGCCGGCUUUCUGAGUAGAUCAGCGGAUUGGACAGAGGAGCUCGAGAGGAAGAUGAGGUGCAGAGAGGAGGAAGGAGGAGGAGAUUACCUGCUCACCUUCAGAGGAGGAGGGGGCGGAAGUCAACCACUGUGCUCCACCAGGAGGUCCUCUUGUGGACAGGCGUCCUCCUUUCAGGACAUCUUCACAGGGCGCACCCUGCUGGAGAAGUUGUUUCUUCAGCAGCGGCAGCAGGAGCCAGAGGAAGCGGAGAGAAUCUGCUCCAGGAUUCUGGCGAUGGGUCUCUUGCUACCAUUCACUGACUGUUUCAGGGAACAGCUCGGAGGAAGCCCCACCCACAUGAGCUCCUCUGGACCAACCAGGUUUGAUCAGGAGCAGCUGUACACCUGGGCCGCAGUGAACCAGCCCCCUCAGGUUUUGGACCCACUUAGAGGACUGUGGACUACAGCCAGACCAGGACCAGUAGAGACCAGGACCAGACUCAGGUCCUCUGAGACAGAAAACAACCAGGAACAACCAGCAGCCAUGUUGGAUUUAAAGCAUCAACAGGAGAGCCAUGAGGAGGACAGUUCUGUCUCUUCGUCCAAGCUGAAGGAGAAACACGUGAAUGUGAUCCUGCAGCUCGAGCAAACCAUUGAGGACCUCAGGAGCAAGAUUGCUGAGCUGGAGCGACAGCCCCCCCUGCUGGACAGAGACACUAUGACAGCCCCCCCUUCCACCACCGACAGGGAGUGUGGGGGGGAGGAGGGCCUGCUUAGGGCACUUUGUGACGCCCACCUGCAGACCUCCACCCAUGACCUCCUCGAGGCCAAAUCAGUACAGACCUCUCCCCUGGACGAGCGCUUCAAAGUGCCUUUUACUGAAGGGGGCGGGGUCAAUAGCUCCAUGCAAGCUCCACCUGGGCCGGAGGGCUUCCAGUGCUCCUGCCAGUUGCAGCCACCUCCUCAGACUGUGGCACUUCUUCCUCCACCUCCUCCAUUACCCCCAGGUACAGCAGGUCCUCCACCUCCUCCUCCACCACUUCCUGGUGGUCCUCCUCCCCCUCCUCCUCCACCACCUCUGCCUGGUGGUAUUGCUCCACUUCCACCUCCUCCUCCUCCUCCUCCUCCUCCACCUCUCCCUGGUGGCAUAGCUCCACCCCCACCUCCUCCUCCCCCACCUCUCCCAGGUGGCAUAGCUCCACCCCCACCUCCUCCUCCCCCACCUCUUCCUGGUGGCAUAGCUCCACCCCCACCUCCCCCCCCACCUCCUCCAGGAUGUGGUCCUCCUCCACCACCACCUCCACCAGGCUGUGGUCCUCCUCCUCCGCCUCCUCCACCAGGAGCUCUCUGUGCUCCACUCCCUCCUCCAGGCUCUCUCGGUUCCCUGCCUCCACCUCUCCCAUUUGGGCUGUACGCUCUGGGUCUGACUCAGGAAAAACCUCCAAGGAAGGCUGUGGUGGAGCCCCCCCGACCCAUGAAGCCACUUUACUGGACCCGGAUCCAGCUCAACAUCAAAAAGGAGGUUUCUCCUUCGGCGUUGGUGUGGGAGACCAUCGAGGAGCCUGAUGUGAACUUUGAGGAGUUUGUAGAGCUGUUUUCUAAAACAGCUGUGAAAGUGAAGAAACAGCCCCUCUCUGACACCAUCACCAAAUCCAAGGCCAAACAGGUUGUGAAGCUCCUAAAUAACAAGCGUUCUCAAGCUGUAGGGAUAUUGAUGUCCUCUUUGCACUUGGACAUGAAGGACAUUCAGCACGCCAUCCUGAACUUGGACAACACCGUGGUUGACCUGGAGACGUUGCAGGCUCUCUAUGAAAAUAGGGCCCAGCAGGACGAACUGGACAAGAUAGAAAAGCAUAUAAAGUCCUCCAAAGACAAGGAGAAUGCCAAACCUCUGGACAAACCUGAGCAAUUCCUCCACCAGCUCACCCUGAUCCCAAACUUCUCCGGACGAGUCUUCUGCAUCCUCUUCCAGUCCAGCUUCUCUGAGUGCAUGUCAUCCAUUAACAGGAAACUGGACACACUGGAGAGAGUAUGCAAGGUGCUGCGGGACAGUGAAAAGGUGAAGCAGAUUCUGGGUCUGGUUUUGGCUUUUGGAAACUACAUGAACGGAGGUAACCGAACCCGUGGCCAAGCUGACGGCUUCAGCCUCGACAUCCUGCCCAAACUGAAGGACGUCAAGAGCAGCGAUGGAGUGAGGAGUCUGCUGUCAUACAUUGUGUCCUAUUACCUCAGACACUUUGACCAGGAUGCUGGCAGAGAGACAAGUGUGUUCCCCCUCCCAGAGCCUCAUGAUCUGUUUCAGGCAUCUCAGAUGAAGUUUGAAGAUUUUCACAAAGAUCUGCUGAGACUGAGGAAGGACCUGAGGGCCUGUACGUCAGAGGUGGAGAAGGUGUGUAAGGUGUCAGAGGAGGAGAACCUGCAGCCUUUUAAAGAGAAGAUGGAGGAUUUCCUCACACAAGCUAAAAGUGAGCUGGAGAGUCUGGAGGCUGAGCUCAGCAGUACACACACUCUGUUCUUGGAGCUCUCAGUUUCGUUCUCAGUGAAGAUGAAGGCUGGAGAAAAAGAAGUGUCUCCGAACACAGUGUUCAGCGUGUGGCACGAGUUUUCCUCUGAUUUUAAGGAUCAGUGGAAGAAAGAGAACAAAGUGAUUCUGAAAGACAGGUUGAAAGAAGCGGAGGAAUCUUUUCGGCAGGCAAAGGAGAAAUCUUCGUACAGCGUCAAACCCAAACAUGCGUCUGGCAUCAAAGCCAAACUCGGCAUGAAGAUCUGACUCACAGGAAUCCACUAUUCUGGACCCUGGACACCAGCAGAAACUUGAUGAAUACGAAGAAGAUGAAGGUCAUGAAGAGUAGAAAACAGGUUUAGGAGGUUAACUGACCUGUGGGGGCAGCGGUCAAACUCAA